AUGGAGGCGACCGGUGUGUCAGGGCCGCAUGGGGAGCCGGCUGUCGUGAACGGCAGCCUGGACGCCGUCAUCGGGUCUGACCUGGACGGAGACCCGCUCUGGACGGCCAGGCUUCUGGUGAGCAGGCCGGACGACCUCGUCAAGGCUUACCAGGACUACUUGAGCGUCGGCUGCAACGUGCUGACGACUUGCACGCUGCGUGCGAGCGUCCAGGCGCUGCAGGAGCACCUCUCCAUCAGCGUGUCCGAGGCGGAAGACCUCAUCGCCUCCAGCGUCAGCCUGGCGACGGAGCGCGACCGACAUGCCACCUGUCUCGGCGCAGUAAUUAACCCGCACGUCUCGGCGAUCUCUUUUCCUUUUGUGUGCACAGCGCCUCGCAACUUCGAUGCCAAGUCAGUGCGCGUCGUCGGCUCGGUGGGUCCGUACGGCGCGUACCUGUACGACGGCUCCGAGUACAACGGCAGUUACGCGGACCGGAUGUCGGUGGACGAGCUGCGCGAUUGGCACCGGCCCCGCGUGCGGUGCCUGGCGCGCGGCUGCGACCUGCUCGCCUUCGAGACGGUGCCCGCGCUGCGCGAGGCGUUGGCCCUGGUGCGGCUGCUGCGCGAGUUUCCCGGCGCCAGGGCUUGGCUCAGCUUCAGCUGCCAGAACGAGCGUCUCACGGCCAAGGGCGAGAGCAUCGCGGACGCCGUGCGCGCAUGCCUCGCCGAGGACUCGGCGGGACAGCUCGUGGCCAUUGGCGUCAACUGUUGCCAGGCACGUCGAGACAGCUAUACAGACGGCGCCAUUCCGGGGGCCCCUUAA